AUGGAGCGGUGGACAGCAGAUGAUGUGAUUGAAGAGAUUAAGGACCAAUGGAAGGCCCAUUUCGACGGGCUCGCCGUUGUGAAUAGCCUCAGUUGGCGGGCGGAGAGCCAGGGCGCAGGACGCUUCAAGGUGCGGAUCUUUGGCACCGUGCAGUGCGAGCAAUCCGACUUCGAUCUCUUCAUCGAGCACCUCAAGAAGGAGAUCCCGUGCCUGGCCGCGGCCGGUGCCAUCCAAUCCAAGGCCAAAUGCGUUGCGCCCCGAGCCUCCAAGACCAGCAAGCACAAGAAGGCCGCCCUGCCCAACUACCAGAAGACCAAGAAGAAGGAGAAGCCCAAGAGAUCCAAUUCGGCCGCGCCCUGGCGCAAGCCCGCGCACGAUUUCGAAAGCCGUGUAGAGGAAGGCGAAGAUGUAGGUGAAGAAGAAGAAGAAGUCGAGCACGGCGUGCCCGACGACACCACCGAGGUGCACGAAGAUCCCGCCUCCAUCUCUCUCAAGGUGCAAGCGCUGGCGGAGCUGGUGCGCGGGGCCAGGCACCUGGUGGUCUACACGGGCGCGGGCGUGUCGACGGCGGCCAACAUCCCCGACUUCCGCGGGCCGCAGGGCGUGUGGACGCUGAUGGACCAGGGCCUCGAGGCCGAGGGCAUCCCGCUCGAGGCGGCCGUGCCCACCUACACCCACAUGGCGCUGGUCGCCCUGCAGGAGCGUGGGGUGCUCCGGCACCUGGUCAGCCAGAACGUCGACGGCCUGCACCUGCGAUCAGGCAUCACCAAGGACAACUUGUCGGAGCUGCACGGGAACUGCUACGUGGAGAUCUGCGACUCGUGCGGCGCGGAGUACUUUCGUGACUUUGAUGUGGUGGACAAUGCCGGGGACGAGAGGGAGCCCUACGACGACCACUGCACGGGCCGACGGUGCGAGAAGCCCGACUGCUACCACGGCCAACUGAGGGACAACAUCAUCAACUUUGGCGAGCAGCUGCCGCGGCCGGUGCUGGUCAACGCGCAGGACCACAGCCGCAAGGCUGACGUGGUGAUCGCCAUCGGCACCAGCCUCCGGGUGGAGCCCGCCGCCAGCCUGCCGUUGAAGAGCGUGAAGCGCGGAGGGAAGCUGGCGAUCAUCAAUUUGCAGAAGACUCCCUACGACUCCUCGGCCCACCUGCGCAUCUUUGCGCACUGCGACCAUGUCAUGCAACUGCUCAUGCAGACCCUGGGCGUCGACGUCCCCCGGCCCGAAUGA